AUGAAUCGAUGCAGUGUGACUAAAUCGAAGGGAGAAAGCAAGAAUGUGAAGGAAGAGAUUGUGACUGAACCGAAGGGCCGCGGCAGCAGGCGCGCCAAGGCUGAGGAUGAUGCCGUCGAAGAGAAGGGCGCCGUGAAACGCGCGAAGGAAAAUGUUGUGGUGGGAGAAAAGGGUGGCGGCAAACGCUCAAAAGAGAGCACCGCGGUCGAGGAAAACGGCGUCGUGAAAAACGUAACGGAAAACGGCGUUGUAGGAGAAAAGGGCGGGGGAAAACGUUCGAAGGAGUUCACCGCGGUGGAAGAGAAAACAAGGACAAAGCGCGCCAAGGUGAACAACGGCCGCAGCGUCAGUCGUGUGGAGGCUCCACGUCAGCCCAAGGCAGAGAAAGGGGGGAAGGGAAAGCCUCCACGUCAGCCCAAGGAAGAGAAGGGGGCGAACGGAAGGGCUUCAGGUCAGCUCAAGGGAGCGGAAAAAGAAGCGAAGAAGGCGCCUGGGAAGGCGAGGAAGCGCGGCAAGGCUCCAGCGAUCGACGACGACAUGAUCCAAGUGAAGCAGGCUCCGCUCGCCGACUCAGAGGAAGCUGCAAUCGUGCUCACGCACCCGUCGGAUCCAGCAGCCGCAGCCGCGGCGGCGGCGGAGAAGAAGACGCCGGUGCGGCAGCUGCUGGACUUCGUGUUUCACGACGCGGACGGCGCGCUCAUGCCGCUCGACAGCUUCGACGCUCUGGCGGCGCGCGGGGAAGGACUCUUUGCGACAGCCGUCAUUCUUCCCGAGACCGCCGCGCUGCGCCAUAUGGAGGGUUACAGGUGCGAGGCGUUCGGGCCCAUCGACGGGUGGUACAUCGACGGUUACGAGAAGGCGAACACAGCGGCGCGCAUCAUGAUCACCACGGACGCUGCCACGUACGUCUGCUGCCGCCCCGCCGCCAAGCAGAAGAAAGACUUCACCCCGCUUCAGGACAAGGCCAAUCUGUGCGUGGAGGUUUUCAGAGCCCUUUCCAAGCCGGACGGGGGCGACCCUACCAUUUCCCUCCCAGAGGUGGUGGCGCGCGUGUCGAGGGCGCUGGGGCGGCCGUGCAGGGACGACCUGGUGGCUGCACAUGCGUUUGUGGCGCAGCAGCUAUGCGGACUGGACGAGGACGCGGAUGAAGACGACCAGCUCUUCUCAGGGCUGCCUGCGCUAGAGUCUCUGAAAGAGGAGGGAGCCAAGCACGCAGCUGUCCGGAGCAUUGUGGAAGCCAGGCAAGCCAGCGCCAAAGAACACACGGGCAAGAAUCCAGCUGCUACAAACGGAGCCCUCGUUAUAAGAGACACCGCUGGCGGCAGCGGCAGCAGCAGCAGGGCCGGCGAGGGAGCAAGCGUGGGAAUUGAUGACGAGGAGUUGGCUAGGCUGGUGGCCGAAGAGGAGGAGAAGGAAGCAGAGGCGAAGAGGGGAGGUGGACGGAGGAAGGGGGCUGGGGGCGGUGGCAGGCAGGAGAGGUAUUUGAAGAUCAAUGAGAAAGAGCUGGCUGAUGACUACCCGCCCCCGAGAUACUACAAGAGCGUGGACGAGGAAACAGACGAGUUCCUGUUCGACGACCCACUCCUCACCGCUGUGCCCUCCUCUUCUCCCGCCCCAUCCCCCUUCCCCCACUCCCGCCCUUCCCCAUCUCCGCUGCCCUCAUGGCAACUGCUUUUCCAGAGCGUGGACGAGGAAACGGACGAGUUCCUCCUGUUCGACGACGCCACCGCUCCGCUCUACCCCGACGACCUGCCGCGGCGCCGCCUGGACGACUGGGCGCUCUACGACGACCAGCUGCGCUUCGUGCCUCUUGAGCUGCUGCCCAUGCUGCCGGGGGUAGCCGCGGACUCCCUCGUGUUCGGCUCGGGUGUUAUGAUGGAGGACGAUGGGAGCGGCUUCAGCCUCGACGAUCCCACUGUUGAAUCCGCUGGCACUACUCGGGGUGACGGUGCUGGUGGUUCUUCAGGUGGCACUUCAGGUGGUUCUUCAGGUGCUUCAGGGAGUGGUUCCGGGUCAGGAUCUGAUCCCGCAGCAGCGGAUGGUGGUGAUGGUGGCGCCGGUGGUAUCCGGGUGUAUCUGAGCGCGAUCAAGGAGUGGAUGAUCGAAUUUGGGGCCGGCAUGCUUUUUGUGACCAUUCGAACCGAUGGGGCAUGGUACAGGCUCGGCCGCCCUUGUUCCGCCUAUGUCCCCUGGUACCGCCCGGUUCUGCGCACAGCCCGGCUGGCAAUCCGAGUCAUCGAGAUGCUGAGUGGCGAGUCCCGGGCGGCGCGCUUGUCUUUUCUGGACGUGGUGACGAAGCUGGCGCAGGAGCGGGUGGCGGAGAAGCAGCAGAAGAGCGGCAAGGUGCCGGCACGUGGGGACUUAGCUAAGUGUUUUGCUGAAUUGGAGCGGUUUUUAGUGGUGCAUGGGAACAUCAUCCUGCAGCAGUUUAGAGAGUACCCAGUGGAGACAAUCCGCCGGAGCCCCUUUAUAAGCACGCUGCGAGAAAAGAUGGAGAUGCGAUCGCAUACCGAGCUAAAAGUUAGUAUGAAAAAGGCGGCGAUGAUUGUCGCAAGCAGAGGUAGCAAUGGACGUGGUGGGGGUGACGGUGGGAGUGCGAGGAAUGCGAAUCCUGCUGCGGCUUUAAGGCCUGAUGCUAGUAAGAGGAAGCCUAUGCGUGCUACCACGACUCAGCUGGUCCACAGGAUCUGGAAGGAGUAUUAUGAACGGUUCGGAUUGAAGCGGGAUGAGGUGGGGGCGGGUAAAGGGGGGGGUGAGGGAGAGGAGAAUGGGAAGGUGGAGGGUGAGGAGGUGGAGGACGAAGAGGAAGGAGGGGAGUUGAAGGAUGGGGAUAGUGAGGAUGAGGAGGAGGAGGUUGAGGAGGUAGCGGGUGCAAGGCAAACCAAGGGGAGAAAAACGAAGGGGAUUAUAGCGAAGAGCGCAGAACUAGAUAAGGAGGCUGGUGUGACCGAUAAGGGAAAAGCAGCUGUUGCUGGUGGUGAGGCUAAGAAGGGGAAGGAAGCUGUUGCUGGUGGGUGCAAGGCGAGAGCAGUAAAGGACUCCACUCAGGGCGUGACAUGGAUGGGUGCAAGCACAGGCCGCACUGAGGAAGACCAUCCUGCCUACGCAGCAGCCUCAGUGUGGGGGUUAGAAGUCAAGGCAGGGAUUGUGGUGCUUGCUGCUGUGGCAGAGGGCGAGGAUGACGGGGACGAGGGGCGGUGGAGAGAGGAGGAGGAGAGGCUAGUGUUGGUGGAGUAUAUGUGGGAUGAGGGGGGUGUGGGGGGUGGCGCGGGGAGGAGGAGGAGGGGCGAGGGGAUGAAGGCGCAUGGGCGGGUGAUGGUGAGGGGGAGUGAAACGGUGCUGGGGAAUGCGGCGGACGAGUGGGAGCUGUUCGUGUCGGAGCACUGCGUUGACUUCCCCCUCACUGCCAUCCGUGAGCUAGCGCCAGUGACGCAUCGCAAGCAGCCAUGGGGCGUGGAGCACAGGCUGAGGAACAUGGAGGAGCAUGAGAGGGAGAGGGAGCGAAUGGAGAAAAUUUUCAAGGAGACAGGGCAGCGCUCCUUCUUCUACCGUCUCCUCUACAACCCCUCCCGUGGCGGCUUUUUCGACCUGCCCAAGAGCCUGGGCAGCGGAACGGGCAGGUGUUGCUCGUGUGACGAGGACACAGAGAGGGAUAGGAUGAUGGAAGUGCGGAGGCUGGGGGAUGGGGAGGAGGGAUUUGCUUACUUAGGGAAGGAGUUUCGGGUUCAGGACUUUGUGUUCUUGCAUCCAGCAGCAGUGGGGGAGGAGAGCGAGGGGAAGAAGUUCAAGAUAGCGAAAGGAGGGCGGAACAUUGGGCUGCGGGCGUGGCCUAUCGGGCAGAUUGAAAAGUUUGUAGCUCCGACCGGUGGGGCAAAGGAGGUGCCUGAAAAGAUGGUGGUGAGGAGGUUCUUCCGCCCUGAAGAUGUGCCGAAUGAGGGUGAUGAGAUCGCAUAUACGGCACACAUCCGAGAGGUGUACUACAGUGAAACCCUAAUCACUGUAGACGUGACAGACGUGAUCGGCAAGUGCCGCGUGCAGCGGGGCAAGCCCACCGCAGCAACUGCUGCAACAGGGACAGAGGCGGAUCACUCGGGCUUUAACAUCGGGGGGUGCCUGGAGGAGGAGCUGAUGGGCGGCGACUUUGUCUUCUUCUGCGACCGCCUUCUCAAAGAUGGCUCCGUCCGAAUGUUGCCCCCUGGGAUUCGCUUCGGCCCUUCUUCAGCAGCAGCAGCAGCGUCACCAAUCAAGGACAAGGGCAAGGGCAAGGGCAAGAGCGUUGCUGCCGAUGACGACGCCGACGCGGAAGCUGCAGCAAUAGAGGCAGCAGCAGUGGCUAGAGCCCGGGCGAAGGGCAAGGGGAAAGCAGCUGCAGAGGAGCCAGACGAACCCACCAGCAAGGCUGCAGCUGGGGCGAAUAAACAGGAGAAAAAGCAGGAGAAGCAGGAGGAGAAGGAGAAUAAGGGGAAGCAGGAGGAGGGGCAGCAAGGGGUGGGAAACAGCAGCAAGGGCGGCACUGGUGUGCUGCGGACGUUGGAUAUAUUUGCGGGGUGUGGCGGGCUGUCAGAGGGGCUGCAGCGGUCGAGGGCGUGUGAGACGCGGUGGGCCAUCGAGUAUGAGCACCCAGCGGCUGAGGCGUUUCAGAAGAACCACCCCGACGCCGCUGUCAUCUGCGCCAACUGCAACGUGUGUCACUUGGCCGGUUCAGUGCUGAUGGUGGACGGGUGGGCUGCUGAGGCGUUUCAGAAGAACCACCCCGAGGCUGCUGUCAUCUGCGCCAACUGCAACGUCGUGCUCAGGUCUAUGAUGGAGCAAGCAGGGCAGCUGGGCGACUGUGUGUCAACGCCAGAGGCGGAUGAAGCAGCAGCAAAGAUGGCCGAGGGGGAAAAGGGCAAGCUGCCUCUGCCUGGCCAAGUGGACUUCGUCAAUGGGGGCCCGCCCUGCCAGGGUUUCUCCGGAAUGAACCGCUUCAACCAGAACCCAUGGAGCAAGGUGCAGUGCGAGAUGAUUCUCGCCUUCCUCUCCUUUGCCGAUUUCCUCCGCCCCAACUACUUCCUCCUCGAGAACGUGCGCAACUUUGUCUCCUUCAAUGGCGCCCGCACCUUCCGCCUGGCCCUUCGGACGCUGCUCGCCAUGGGCUACCAGGUCCGCUUCGGUGUGCUGCAAGCGGGGAACUUCGGAAUAUCUCAGUCCCGCACGCGGGCCUUCAUCUGGGCUGCAGCACCGGGCCACGUGCUCCCUGAGUGGCCGCAGCCUCUGCACGUCUUUGCCUCCUCCCAGCUCUCCGUCCCCCUCACCACCUCCGCUGCUGGCGGCGCCUCUGCUGCUAGUGGUGCUGCUGGUGGCGCGGCUAGUAUUGGUCACUUCAGCACGGCUAGCUCGCUGGCCAAUGAGGCGUGUCCACGUGGCCCUGCAGUGGGGGCACCGCUGCGGUCGAUCACGGUGCGGGAUGCGAUGGGGGACCUGCCAAGCAUUGAGAACGGGGCAGAAGAGGAGGAGAUGGAGGUGAGUCACAGGGUGGGAGUGGUGAGUGGUGAAUGCGGCAUACUCGUUUCUGGUUUCAAGAAGCCUCAAAACCCAAGCGCUUCCCAACACUCUCCCUCCCUUCCCCCUUCCCCAUUCACUUCCACAGUACUCCUCCAACCCCUCCUCGUGGUUCCAACGGUGCAUCCGAUCACAGCAAGCCAGGCUCCUGGACCACACGUGCAACUGCAUCAACCAACUCAACCGCAAACGCUUCUAACGCUUUCUCUUCCCCUCCCCUCCCCUCCCCUCCCCUCCCCUCUCUUCCCCUCCCCUCCCCUCCCCUCCCCUCUCCUCCCCUCCCCUCCCCUCCCCUCCCCUCCUCUCCCCUCCCUUCCUUCUUCCCAGUAUUCUUCGGAGCCCUCCUCCUGGUUCCAGAGGAGCAUCAGAGCCCAGCAAGCCAGGCUACUGGACCACACGUGCAAGCGCAUGAACGAACUCAACCUCAAACGCUGCCAACACAUCCCCAGGCGCCCAGGGGCGGACUGGCGGGACCUGCCGGAUAUUAAGGUGCGGCUGUCGGACGGCCGUGAGGCAGAUUUGGUCCCCUGGUGCCUACCCAACACCAUGGAGCGGCACAAUAACUGGAAGGGGUUGUUUGGGCGGCUGGACUGGGCAGGCAACUUCCCCACGUCUGUGACGGACCCCCAGCCAAUGGGGAAAGUGGGCAUGUGCUUUCACCCCGAGCAGGACCGCAUUGUCAGCGUGCGCGAGUGUGCGCGAUCGCAGGGCUUCCCCGACUGGUACCGCUUUGCUGGCAACAUUCAGGCCAAGCAUCGCCAGAUCGGCAACGCUGUCCCUCCACCUCUUGCCCUGGCUCUGGGCUUGCAGCUCAGGAAGGCUCUCUUGGAGACGAGGAAGAUGAAUGGAGCAGAAGUGGAGAGAGAGGGUAAGGAUGAGGCAAAGUAA